AUGACCGAAUCCAACACCCCCCUGAUCUUCGUGACAGGGAACAGAAACAAAGUCCUAGAAGUAAAAGCCAUUUUGGGGCCCACGGUCACGCUCGAAGUCCUCGAUAUUAAUCUCCCCGAGAUCCAGGGCAGUGUGGAAGAAAUUACACGGGAGAAAUGUCGUGUGGCAGCUGAAACUAUAGGAGGGCCGGUGUUGGUUGAGGAUUCGGCGCUUGAGAUGCGCGCAUUGGGUGGCUUGCCUGGGGCUUAUGUCAAAGCAUUCGUGGAAACAAUAGGCAACGAAGGCCUUAACAAAAUCCUCUCAGCCUUCGACAAUAAAACCGCCGAAGCAGUAUGUACGUUCGGGUAUUCCCCGGGACCAGGACAUGAGCCUCUUCUAUUCCAGGGUCGGUUGCAGGGACGAAUCGUUCCGGCCAGGGGCGUUUCAUCUUUUGGCUGGGAGCCGAUUUUUGAGGUCGAGGGGGAGGGGAUAACGUUGGCGGAGAUGGAGGUUGGCAAGAAGAAUGGACUUUCGCAUCGGUUUAAGGCAUUGGUGAAGUUUAGGGAGUGGUUUUUGGAUGCUAGGGGGCCUGCUUAG